AUGCCACUGCCACCGGUCUGGAAUGGCCGCUUCGGCACUAACCCUGGUAAAACGACCCUUUGGUUGCGAACUUCCAUACAUCGAGCAAGAAGGACACGUACACACCAAGUACGAAACCUGUGGUGGUGGAGCCGGCACUCGAGCGAACACCCGCUUAUGAUCGAUGACAACCUCGAGGAACGUAUGAGAAGGCAUCAAAAGAUCAUGAGGUCCAGAUACUCGAAGGCCUUGAAAAGAAAGGCUUUAUGGGAGAGAGAAGACAGCCAUCACUCGCCAUGGGCUGUGCACGGUCGAUUCUGGGGGAGUAGGCAUUGUGCUUACAAGCCGCAGUCCCCAAAUUCUGAUAGACCUACACAAGAUGAAGAGCACGCGCACAAACUUCAUGGUCAAGCUGCUCGCAAGCCCAUACACCAAGGCUUUGAUUCCUUCAAAGCUGCGGUUGACCAUGCCAUUUCAGAAGAUCCAUAUGGAACCCUCUUUGGCCGACGUUGGCGUGGCCAUCCAACCACCGAUCAUUCGACAUGGGAUCCAUUCUCCUGGAUGUUCAAGUCUGGUGCCAUCAAAGAAAACGAUGUAACCGCGUCUAUGAACUCCUCGUCGCACAAGCCGGCGAGUCCGUCAGAUCGGCCGCUAUACUCACCUUCAACCGUCGCGGCUCCUCCACAAGAGACUAAAGCAAAGUCCAUGCUAGGGUCUGAGACGGAGGCGACCAUUGAUAGCGAGGAGGAUUAUGUUUACGACCCGAUCUCAAUGCGGAAGGUCUCAAAGAAGAGGACCAGCGAAGUAUCCGAAGAGAAGAAACCUUUGCUGGAUACGCUGUUCUCAGAACAUGGGGUUGAUAUUCCAGUGAAGGCUUUUAAGCCUCGCAAGGUGUAUGGCUAUGGCACAUCUGAAAAGACUACGGCAAUCUCGUCCUCUGACACAAGCGUGGCGACUCACAAUAAGAGUUCGAGUAGCUCGAGGAAGCAAGAAUUGCGCGAUCUCAUGUCCAGAGCGAAGGGCAACAAUAUAGAUACCACCGCUCAAUUCACUGAGCCAUAUAGCAGUCAUGCGGCAGACGAGAAACAGGAAGGGUUGGAAGCUCCAAAGAGAGUUCGUGAGUCUACCGAGCCAGAUGACAGCACUCCGUUAUUUUCGGGCACUACGUACGAGACCCGUAGUGAGCAACGCAGCAAGCUCGUUACAAAAGAUCAAGACUGGCUGGCGAAAGAAGGGUUUCGGACGCAAAACACCGGAAUUCAACCCCCAAGAAUGGAAGACACAUCUAACGACAUUCCGGUCAAGAAGUACGCCGGCUUCAGACCACAUGUUGACGAAAGCCGUCGGAAUGCCAACGAGACCAGCACUGAAAUUCCUGUCAAAACGUUCGGCCCCAAACUCGAGCCAGCGCUGGAUCGAAUACAGAUAAAUUCCCUCGCAAAGAAGGAAAACAGCAGUAUUAUGUUUGAAACAGCUCUUGAUCGCCGGAACAACACGAACAAGGCAGCAGAGCAGAAGGAAGAAGGCUCAAAACCAGCCAAGGUCUUUAAACCUUCAAUUCCGGCAACCGAGGAAGACAUGGACCUACUGCGAGCCAGCGAUGUGCGUGCGGCCACGCGAACUGCCAGAGUCACGAAGCAGGAGAGUGUUAAUCUCAAGAAAGAAUCAAGGGGAAAACUCGAGGCCGAUUUUGCAGCAGUCCCAAAUGACCAGAAGGACGCCGCCAAGGCAGUUCCUGAGGAUGCCGGCAUUCAAACGAGCAAAUUGAGCAAAAGGCUGGACAAUGUCUGGGACCACAUUCGCGACUAUCCAGAUGGCAUCGUUGCCAAAACACUGAGAUCUGUGGGAACUUUCAACUACAACUACGGUACCUAUCUUCGACAUCUACGCGGAGAAAAGUGGAUGGAUUUGACUAAGAAGCUUAUUUUCAAAGAUGACUCCUUGAGCAAAACGCCUUCGAUCUAUAAAGACAAGCUGCAAACUUCAUUGAAACUUCCUACGCCACCACGUGAAACCACAAAGGCUUUGGAAGAGCGUCGUGAACGCACUGCGGCCUUGAGGGAAGCGACAGUCAGGGCAAAGAACGACUCAGAAAUAACGAAUGCUCAACUCACACGACUCUCUAACGAUAUCAGAGCCGUGUAUGAAAGUGAAUAUGGUCCGAUCGAUAUCAAUCACCGCCAACCUGCACCAGAGACUGAAGUUUUAGAAAAUCUCGCAGCAUCUGCGACUCCAGAUCCUGCACUCAACAAGCAACCGCACCCUCUACUCAGUGCCACUGUGAAGCCAGGGGUCUCCACCAAUCCCGUCAUUGACAAUUAUGUGAGCGACUUUGAGCCCAAGUAUGCCGAGCUUGUGGACGCGACUAAGGCAGUGAGAAGAGAGCUUCACGAAGCAAAGAUGGCAAUCCGUGCAAUCGAGGCCAGAAGACCAGAUAAUGUCUGGAUUGCUCCAGACGCGACAGGGUCGAAUUUUGGCAGGAAGAGAAUCGACUUGAAAGCGCAAGAGGUUGCGGAGGUCAAACCCGCGAUGUCUGAAACUGGAGAUGGUGACCCAGAUGAAGUUGCCGAGAAGAAAGCUACGGGUUGUGCACCAAGCGACCAGACGGAGAGGCACACAGUACCAGAACCGGUCUUUACACCUGCAGGCUCGCCCGUUUGGAACGAUGAACAGAUACCGCCCAUUGAAAGCCUGAGAACGAAGCGUUUUGAUUCGCCAUACCUUAUCCUAGCGUACGACUCUUCGACAGAGAAGGUCGAAAUCUCGCCAAUGAACGAGCCAUCAAAGACAGCAAAGAAAUCGGCGGAUGCCGUGGGCAUUCUGGCAAGGCUCAAGCAUGCCCCAGAGUUUCUCAAACACUUCACAACGCUCAAAAGAGCAGGUUACGCGCUUUUUAAUGGAAGCGAAGACAUACUGAUUUUCAGGAAACAACAACCAGAACUUGUUGCAGGAUCGAAGCCCUUCAGUGGCGCAAGCAGCAGUGAUACAAAGGCGGACUGUAUGCACUCAAGCAAAUCGGCAGCUCCAGUACUGGAUGAGGUGAACGGAAAGACAAAUCCAUCUGGAGCACCAGCACCGCCGUCCCGGCCGUCUGUCAGUAAACAGCCAACCGUCAGGAGGCAAGAGAAUGUCUUCUCCGGCACGAUUCGGCCUAGUGUGGCAGUGGCGUCUUCUAACACCGAGACCAAUGCCCACUCUCCGAAGGAGCAGAAUGACACUUUCUGGAAGCGUUUCACAAGUCGACUGAGGCGAACCUUUUUGACCAUUGCAGCUCUUGGUGGCGGUGCGUAUGUGAUUGGGUUUAUCGCCGAGGGCAUGGGUGCGCAAGCGCAGAAGCAGAACGGAAUUGAGGAUUCUCAAGCUCAAGGACCCAGAAAGCGAAUUGUGAUGACUGGUCAGAGACCGGGAAUUUUCAGCACAGAGAGCUCAAGGUGA